UCAUUAAUUUUUACCGUCCUAUCCAUGCAUACAUCUCUUACUUUUUUUCUAUGCCGGCACUUUAUUCAAAUGCCACCUCGAGUCUCUAACAGUGAUUAUUCCUCGCCUCAUCAGUAGUUGGGCCGGUAUUAUUACACACCAUGCUCAGCUCAGGUCCGAUUGUUUUUGCUCAGAGCGCUGUAGCAGUCCAUUAGCAGGCAUUUGCAUCCCUCCAAAUCCUCGGCUCAUCCCUAUUAUGCUAAUUGGCACGCGCGGAGGGCCGUCGCCAAGGCAACCAGGCGAAAGUAUCUCCCGUUUACGGCCGGAGAGAUUUUUCUUCUUUUUCUUUUGCACAUCCUCUCUGGCGCAGGAUGCACUGGGUCCCGACGGGACGCACGACAUGAUUACACGCCGGCCCCGCAAAGACGCGGUGAAUUGUCGUCAUUCGGGCGCAUGGUGGUUUUGUAGUCGAGAGCCAGUACCGGAGUGAAUUACAACAACGGGACAGUAACUGCGUAAACAAAACAACAACUCUUGCAGUCGUUUCUUGUCCUGCUGUCCCAACUACAGGAUCACUCACUUCUCCUUUGAGUUUACGACGGAGAAAAUAAGUUCGUGCUUUGGGAUGAGACGAUUGUGAACGAUGAAUAUAGUUCGCUCAUGCUAACAGACUGAGAAUAAUCGCCAGUAACUACCUGACGUCUUACAAUCCGAGGAAUCAGACAGGAGGCUGCUAUUAUCAGCGGUGACGAGGACAGGACGCUGAGACAGAACACACGGAGGACUUCCCAUUAACUUCAAGACGGUUUGUGCCGAGGAUAAGAAAAAUCCGUCACUCUCCAAGAUCUCUUCUGUGCAUGUGCAAAGUAUGCUUUUUCGUGAUGUGAAGUUCACAUUGGCGCUUGAGAUAGAGACAGAUGUCAGAAAGCACUCUUGUUGAAAUCGCUACAGAUCAUUCUUAUGGCAAGACGAAACACUAAUUUGGUAUAAAUUUCACCAAAACGAAUAGACUUCCCUGUACAUUUUCACAAAAUGUCUUCUUGUGUAUGUGAAGCACUAUCUUUCACAUCAAGCCACUUACUCUGGGCAGUGAUACUGAAAGUAUGAGUUGAAGACUCAACCUGUGUAAUCUUUGUAUCCUCAAAUUAUCAAUUCAUAGUUCGUUUAUCCGCAAAAUGGAUAAAUUGAUAAGGAAGCAUGGUUUAGGUUCCUCGAGGGAAGUACUAGCAGCACCAGCAGAUGAGGGUCAGCCAGACCCUACAUUGAUGCCUUUACCACCGGACGAUGACGAACUUGACGCGGUGGAGCAGGGCCAGGCACCGGGCUCGGGCCGCCAGUCCCAGCAGAGCAAUCGUUCACGGCACAGUAUGCAGUCACACCACAGCCGCAAGUCCAACCCCAGCCGACAGAGCCAACACCCGGAUGAGGAGGAGAACCAGCCAGCCGCUUCCACCGUCCUGACCGUGGCGACAAAUGGCGGUGCCGGUGACAGCAGUGUCAUCGCCGGCGACUAUUAUGACCCGGACAGCGCGGAUGAGGGGAGUGACGAGGAGAAGCGACGCAAGGAGUCAGCCAUGGGCAAGAUCGUGGGCACGCUACAGGUCAUCAAAGGCUGGGUGACAAGAGGAGGGGAAGAACAAACCAAGAGGGCAGAUUCCUUUCUGGAACGACUGGCUAUGGCUGGACCCCAAAUGGAGGACAGAUCUAGGGUUGGGACAGAAUUGGGAGACGGUGGUGGUGAACGGCUGGCCCGGAUCCGUGUCAUCGAGCGAUCAGAUGUGUUCUACUACCGUUGGUUGGGCGUGAUCGCGUUGGCCGUGCUCUACAAUUGGUUGGCGAUUAUCGCCAGGAUGUCAUUCCCCCUAAUGCAGAGUGAGUUUAGGGCGGUGUGGCUGACGUUGGAUUACGUAUGCGACUUCAUUUACAUCCUGGACAUAGCUGUCCAGUUCAGAACGGGAUAUCUGGAGCAAGGGCUUCUUGUAAGAGACGCAAAGAAGCUUAGAAAAUGCUACAUGAAAUCCUGGAUGUUCAAGCUCGAUGCUUUGUCCAUGCUUCCGCUGGAUUUCCUGUAUUUCGCCACGGUCACUGGGAUUGACACUCCCGCCCUUAGAAUACCGCGCCUCCUCCGCGGACCAAGGGCCUUCGAGUUCUUCGACCGCACCGAGACAGUCACCAACUUCCCCAAUGUAUUCCGUGUCAUUAACCUCAUUCUGUAUAUAUUGAUUAUCAUCCACUGGAACGCUUGCAUUUACUUUAUCAUAUCGUCGGGUAUCGGACUCGGCACAGAUGGAUGGGUGUAUCCAGGGGAACCGACGCCAGUGGAUCUCACCAACGACACCAUCUUACACCAGUACAUCUACAGUCUGUACUGGUCCACACUCACGCUAACUACUAUCGGAGAGACACCUCAACCAGUCCAGGACAUCGAGUACGUCUUUGUAGUCUUUGAUUUCCUGGUUGGUGUACUUAUAUUCGCCACGAUUGUCGGUAAUGUUGGUACCAUGAUCAGCAACAUGAAUGCCACCAGGGCCGAGUUCCAGCACAGUAUGGACGGUGUCAAACAAUACAUGAACCUUCGGAAGGUCAGUAAAGAACUGGAAGGUCGCGUCAUUAAGUGGUUCGACUACCUAUGGUCCAACAAGAAAACGUUGGACGAGGAAGCCAUUCUGAAUACUCUACCGGACAAACUGAGAGCCGAGAUAGCCAUCCAUGUUCAUCUCGACACUCUCAGAAGGGUUGCGAUAUUCUCAGACUGUGAACCAGGCCUGUUGGUGGAGCUGGUGCUGAAGCUGAAACCUCAAGUAUUCAGUCCCGGCGACUAUAUCUGCCGCAAGGGAGACAUUGGGCGAGAAAUGUACAUCGUAAAACAGGGGAAGCUUCAAGUCGUUGGUGAGGAUGGGAAAGCCGUCUUCGCCACACUCAGUGAGGGCAGCUACUUUGGUGAGAUCAGCAUCUUGAACGUUCCAGGCAGCUUAUCCGGAAACCGGCGGACAGCUAACGUCCGCAGUGUGGGCUACUCAGAUCUCUUCUGUCUGUAUAAGGACGAUCUCCUCGACGCCUUGAAGGAAUACCCAGAUGCCAGAACCAUCCUGGAAGAGAGAGGCCGGAUGAUCCUCAUGAAAGAUGGUCUGAUUGAUGAGGAGGCAGCCAAAAGAGGCACCAAGACAACCGAGCAAGCAGAGCAGGAGGAGAAACUGGAGCGACUGGAGGCCAAUCUGAACCAUCUGCAGACCCGCUUCUCCAGACUGCUGGCCGAGUAUAGCAACUCGCAGAUGAAGCUCAAGCAGAGGAUCACCAGGUUAGAGAAGAAGAUGAAAGGAAUUAAACGCGAAUCCGAAACAACAGUUCCCGUACAAGCUGACCCACCUCCCGGUCAACUAAGAGAUUUUUACCUCCAGUGAGCCAAAGCAUCUGUCCAAAAGUCAUCCUUACGCUACUCAGUCCCAGGGAUUAAUGCUUUUCUCUAAAAAAACAAAAAGUUCCAUUGGUUUUAUAAUUAUGAUUACAAAGAAUCACCUCAAAGGAUGUAAACCUGGUCACUUGAAGGACUUUCAAAACCAGGAUUUUUUUCUUCCACCUAUUUUACCAUUGAUCCUCGUCCUCUCUCCGAGCACAAUGUACUUUUCACAUAUUAGGUGAACCCAAUGUUUUCCUUUAUUAUAAGAAAGACACUAGCGAAUUAUCGGCAUGACUUCAUGAUGUCCUCUAUAAUUCAGGUGAAGACCGUGUAAUGGAACUUUGUACAUGUAUUUUAGAAAGAGUAGCGUAUUCAGCUUUGAUGUGCCAGGUUGGGUAACAUUACUGCAGCAACGUCUGAACCGUCUUAAAACUGUCUUAAAAAUAUUUUUUAAUGACCCCAUCAAAUGCCGCCAGGGGGGCAAGUCCCCCCCCCCCCCCCGGAUGUGUAUACGCCACUGGAAAUAAACAUGAAUGUUAAAACACCACGUUGUACCUAAAUUGAAUCGCUCGAUACCGGUAACAACGCUAUUCUUUUUUUAUACCGUACUUAUAUAACAAACUUAUUCAAUUUGAUUAAAGAAAGAGGAAGAGUAUGUGAAUAUGGAUAUGAGAACGUAACGUUUAGGCACACUUUUACUAGCGAAUAAAGACACGAUUUUCCAUUGCAUCGUACUGCCUGUGUAGCACAGAAAACAAGACUACAUGAAACAAUGGGCUUAGCACGAUAGUUAUACAAUAAGAUUGGAAAAUCAUUUUCAGCUACUCCAUAUUUUGCGAACCUCUACGAUCAAAAAGUUUUGUUUAUGCAGUUUAUAGAUAUAUGUUCUUCGUUAUUUCUGUAGAAAGCGGUCAGUAUCUUAUAGAUAAAUAAUAAUUUAUUAAGCCGCACACCGUUUGAUAUUUUGAGAGUAGAAGAUUGGUAGCUUUGAAAGCUGGUCUAUUUUUUAUAAGAUUUGUGUGCAUUUUAGACUGUUUGCACUUAGAGAUGACUAUUUGCAUAGUGUGACCUGUUUGUGGAUACAUCUACUUCCGUGAGUUAUGUGCAAGUUGUAACAGUGGUUGUAAUGCAGCUUUGGGACUAAUUACGUUGACGUAUAAUUAUUGUCAGUCAUCACCGUUUACUUUGUUAACACUCGCACAGUUAUUCAAGGAAAGACUUUUUAUUAAGAACUAGUUCUGCGUUAGUGGGAGAGUUAUUCGUUCCAAUUGAUUGGCAUAAUGUUGAGGAGAGCAUUAGACUUACAGAAAUGGUUAUGUGCACCUCCAACAAUAAAUUUAAGGUUAAUAAAUUUAACCUAUGGAUUUUUUUUUUUUUAAUUAGAAUUUAAAGACUUUUAGAAGUGCAAAGGCCGGUUCAUUCUCUGCGCAAAAGUGAACGCGAACUUCCGCCGACAAUUCUGGAACAGUUGAGCACAAAUAUGACUCCGGUGAGUUUCCCAGCGAAUGUUUCGUGAAAUUGAUUCGCAUUCGCAUUCUUGCUAAGGAUAUAUGAAUCGGCCAAUGCGAGAUAUUUUAAUAAUAAUAAUAAUAAUAACAGUAAUAAUAAUUUCCACAGAGUGUAUAAAUAUAUAAUAAAUAAAGAAUAU